AUGAGUUGCGGGUCCACAUAUCCAUACACGUGUGACCAUUGGUCAUCUUCUUGUUGUUUAAUCUCUGCAAUUCUAACUCUGUUCAUUCAUUGUUCAUCAGCAUCCAUGGCUUUCACCAUUGCUUCCACCUCCCAUUCAUCCCUCCCUACCAGGGGAGAAUUCACCAGGAAAGUAGCUUUUGGUGAGAUAAGUUGUACUCCAAGGUACAUAUUGAGAAGCAUAAAUAAUGUACAGAAGCUGAAAGCAGCUAAAGAAGGAGUAUCAAGUGUCUGUGAACCACUUCCUGCUGAUAGACCAGUAUGGUUCCCAGGAACCUCACCUCCUCAAUGGCUUGAUGGCAGCCUCCCUGGAGAUUUUGGCUUUGACCCACUCGGAUUAGGAUCCGACCCAGAAUUACUCAAGUGGUUUGCUCAAGCUGAAUUGAUGCACAGCAGAUGGGCAAUGCUUGCGGUUGCUGGAAUUCUGAUCCCCGAAUGGCUCGAAAGCUUGGGCUUUAUCGACAACUUCUCAUGGUACGAAGCGGGCUCUAGAGAAUACUUUGCUGACCCAACCACUUUAUUCGUGGUGCAGUUAGCCUUGAUGGGUUGGGUGGAGGGUCGAAGAUGGGCCGACAUGCUCAACCCAGGGUGCGUUGACAUCGAGCCUAAUUUUCCCAACAAGAAGAAGCCAAAACCCGAUGUUGGGUACCCAGGUGGAUUGUGGUUCGACCCGUUUAUGUGGGGGAGAGGGUCUCCAGAACCAGUGAUGGUUUUGAGGACCAAAGAAAUAAAGAACGGGCGGUUAGCCAUGUUGGCCUUUUUGGGUUUUGUGUUCCAAGCCGUCUACACCGGGCAAGGCCCCCUGGAGAACCUAUCGGCUCACCUUGCGGAUCCGGGUCAUGUUAACAUUUUCUCGGCCUUUAGCUCUCAAAUUCAGUGAUGGAUGGAUGCUUUGGUUACAAGUCUUCAUGAUCUUUAAAUCAUAGUUGUUAUGAACUUUUAUGAGCACAUGUAUUCAUCCGAUGUAUCAUAAUGUAAUGUUAUUUUAAAUCUCAAUUUUAUAAAAUACUCAAUUUAAAUACAA